AUGGCCAGUAUGGGAGGUAUGCCCGCCAUGGGAGGCAUGGCCAGCAUGGGAGUCAUGCCCGCCAUGGAAGGCAUGACCAGUAUGGGAGGCAUGCCCAGCAUGGGAGGCAUUGCCGGUAUGGGAGGCUUUGGAGGCAUGACCGUCAUGGGAGGACCAAGCUACGAAGGAGUCUUCGAAGGGAUUAUGGGAGCAUCGAUGAGUGAUGUGUAUGGAGGCAUGGAAGCACCAUCAGGAGGAUUUGUGGCCUCUAUGGGUCCUACUAUUCCUCCUUCAACCCAAGAUGUCGAUGAAGUAGCAAAAGAAGGUGAUGACUUGAGAAAUGCUAAAGUGUGA